AUGGAAUCGUUCAAGCAGCUGAUGAUCGAGCAGCUUCAGUAUAACCCCCUGAAAGCCUCGAUCACCACCGUGUCCACGAUGACUCUGAUCGCCACGCUGAAGGCGUCCAAUGUUGCAGCUGAUCUUUCGCUGCUUUCUCAAGCUAUGGCAACCAACACUGUCCCAGGUCUCGUUAGACAAAUUUACCUUCCUUAUAGAGGGGCCCAGGCCACGAUGCAAGCCAUCAAUGCCGAAGAGGCGAUCGCUACGGCUACCGAUCUGCUGGUACUUGCGCAAGCCACGGCAGAUCUUUAUGAUGCCACAUUGAACCUCGCCAACUUGAGCGAAGAACGAAACAUGUACCACACCCACUUGAGUCAUUUUGGUAAUGUGUGGUUUUUAGCUAUCUUCUCCAUCAUCCUUGCCUACUUUUUGUUGAUGUUGAUCAAGCUGAGGUAUUGGUGGUUCAACAUUACCAUGACUUGCGGAUACGGGCUCGAGUGGAUAGGGUUCCUAGGUCGAGUACUCAGUUUACUGGAUACCAGCAGAAUGGACUACUACGUGAUGCAAAACCUUUGCCUUACGCUAGCCCCCGCCUUUAUCAUGGCGGCCAUUUACUUUUUGUUUGCGCAAUUGGUGGUCAUUCAUGGGCGACUGUACUCGGUUCUUAAACCGAUGUGGUACCUGUAUUUCUUCGUAGCCUGUGAUGUGAUUUCCCUUUUUGUUCAAGGCGGUGGUGGUGGUGUUGCUGCUAGUGCAUCGAAUGCACAAACUGGUAUCAACAUUAUGCUUGCAGGUAUAAUCUUUCAAGUGUUUUCUAUGACGGUCUUCUUCGUGUUUUGGUUCGAAUUUUUGAACCGUCUUUGGUUCCGCCACGGUGAAGGGAGGUUGGCUAAGCGUACUCCCGCUAAUAUUGCCAGGUUUUUCUUCAACACCAAAGCGGUGCAAUAUUACCGGGAGCAUCAAUUGGAGCCCUACUACAAUCCAAACUUAGCUUGCAUCCGUCACCGCAAGUUGUUUGAAUGGAUGCCGCUAGCGAUUACUGUGGCGGUGGCAGUGGUGUACAUUCGAAGCAUUUACCGAGUGGUAGAACUUGCGCAAGGGUUUACAGGCUAUUUAAUCGUUCAUGAAGUUUUUCUUUUCGUUUUGGAUGCAACGAUGAUCUCAAUUUGUGGACUCAUUUUCAUCCCUUUCCAUCCGGUGUUGUCGUUGGGCACACAACAGGUUAUUCGCCUUGCCACCAUUAAGCAAAACGAAGAUGAAGCUUACACUAAGGGAUCGACCCAAAGCCACUAUAUUGACGAAAAAGAUUCGCAAAGCGUAUCUUUUUCGUUGAACACAAUGCAAGACACAGCCAUCCCUCUUCGCAAUCUAAUGUGA